AUGCUAUUCGUAUUGAACGUAUACAGCAAGCCCUCGCUGCAGCACAGAUUCCGGGAGCUGUUCCGCAAGGCACGCGCAGUCGCCGGCGAUGGACCGCUGCUCGUCGCGGGAGACUUCAACGCGCCUCACGCGGCCUGGGGAUACGCACGAGAAACACCCAAGGGCAGGCGCCUGUGGGAGGACUCGGCAGACCAGCGACUGGAACUCAUCGCGAACCCUGCCGAUCCCACGCGCAGGGGCAACAGCGCAUGCGUUGACACGCUACCGGACCUUGCGUUCGUGGCGAACAUAGCCAACGCGCAGUGGCACAACAUGCAGGAGGAUCUCGGAAGCGAUCAUUCCAUAAUAGAGAUUCAAAUAGAUACGGGGCAGCAUACUAGGGUGUGCCACUUCGAGAGCGCAGGGAAAGCCAGGGGACGUAGGCUCCGUCUCGUGGAAUGGGACGCAUUCCGCAAGACACGCAAAGAACGCGAGCGACGCGACCGGCCGAUAACAAACAUUGACGAAUGGACCGAGACGCUCAGGGCAGACGUGGACGCGGCAACGCACGAGGUCCCUCCCGAGGCAAACCUUCAAGUGAUCGAUAGCAGGCUCCUGCACAUGUGGGAGGCCAAGCAGGCUUUGCUGAAGAGAUGGAAGUGUCAAAGGCACAAUAGGACGCUGCGCAGGCGCAUAGCCAAACUGGACAGGGAUACAGAAGAACACGCCUUCCAGGUAUGCCGCGCGCAAUGGGAGGAGACGUGCAAUGGCCUUGAGACUCAGAUGCGCGGUGCGAGCGCUUGGCGCCUCUUCCGGCACCUUCUGGAUCCGGAGGAAACCAAGACCGCUCAGGGGCACAAGAUUCGCAGACUCGUACGCGACUUUGGGUGCACGCCAGAUGAAUUUCUUGAGGCCGUUCGCGAGCGUUACUUUAGAACGGGAGAAAGACUACAGCACGCAAUGUACGACGGAGACGACAACGAGAAGCUAGACGCGGAGUUUAGUGAAGCAGAAAUCAGGGCGGUCCUAAGCAGUCUCAACACCAGGUCGGCCCCUGGCCCGGAUCGGGUGACCAACAAGACCCUACGCAACCUGGACGACGAGUCAAUUACGCGACUGACGGCCUACGUUAACGAGUGCUGGCGAGAGGGCUCCCUCCCCAAUGCGUGUUAA